ACCUUCUUCUUGUAUGACAAUGGGUAGGGCAGACCUCACCCCUUUCGGAAAUGUUCCUUCCGGAGCAGUCUGAAGACGAGAUUUUAUUACAUCGGCUGGCAUUCCAACCGACCAGUUAGCUAUUCCUGCAGCACCCCCAGCUACGAGAGAAAUCCACAUCGCGUUCUGGAAUUAUAAUUUUCGUUAUUUUAUCAUCAUUUGAUGGACUGAGUCGAAACUUUGAACAAAGGCUCAACCCACUUCGGACCCGUACAUGCUCUGAAGUGUCCGCGUAAGGACCUCAUAGGUGUAAAAAUACAUUCCUGCGGCAGGAACGUCACGUAAAAGCGUCGCACAAGUGCCAACUCUGCAUCUGAAGUAGGCAUUUUAUCCGCUCUCCCGGUGCCAUCACGAAAGAUGUGCACAUGCCGCUAAAAGCUCCAGCUAAAAAUUGCUGUGAAUCCGUUAAUUUCUGUUGCCCAGGUCUGGCCACGAGCCUCUUGCCCAGUCCAAAACCGAAAAAGCUAACUGCAAAUAUCGGGGUGAUCGCCACUAAUGGCGCAGUGACUCCCUGAAAACAAUUCGGGAUAUUCGACUACAAAAGGGAUAAUUUAAUACGGGGUCGAGAGAAUUAGCUGCGCCUUUCACUUUAUACAAUCCCAUGGGACCUUCUCUGAUUACAAUUUUUUUCACCGCAUCCAAAGUUCCCAAAUAUUCGCCUGGCAUUGUUUGGAGUCGGACUUUCACCGUGUCCAAAGGGUGUCCGGUUAUCACCGUGCAUAUUCCCCCGAAUCCACCCGCUGGGGUGAUUGAUAUAAAUCAGAGGGGGGACGUAAUGUUUAAUUAAAAUUGUUUUUUAAUUCGGUAUUGCUGAAAUUACCCAACAGAUAUUUCAAGGGACUUUCUUCCUCGGACAUAAUAGCUCCUUUUCACUUCGUCGACGUAGAAACUGCAAGUCUAGUGAGCCAAAAUGUUCGUCUGCGACCAUCCGUAGAUCACUCUUUCCGGUAACAGAGGAUUAUUUUUUCCCUGGCCAGUGUAAUUGUGGGGUUUUUUCUCUGGCAUUUGACAAACGGCGUUCCCAAUUUUGCUUCAGAUUUGCUUCCCUCGGAUAUUUUUCUCGUGAUUUAAUGUGGGGUUAAGAUGGAACAAAGAACUGAGCGUCCCUAGAACAAAUAAUUGAAAGUACGCCACCUCUUGACCGAGUGUGAUUAAAAUCUUUGAGAAGUGACAAUAGUUGCUGCAAAUACAGUGCUCCCGCAAAAUGUUCAUUCAUAUUAUUCAUGCGUCGACAAUUAUGCGAAGCAGAUAGCACAUUAAAAUACGCAUCGUUAUCUCUUCUACAGAAGUACUGGCAUACUGAUCCCUAGAGUUCGAAGCAAGAGAGCUUAAAGAAUAGAUAGUUGCAUGGGGCAUUGCCGGCGAAUGGAUAAAAUUUAUGUUAUCUCCAACUACGACAGAACCCUCGAAGUCGGUGGUCAUUGGAAGGCAAAGUAAAACCUUGCUGCAGAAGUUACCAGAAAUAUUGCCGAUCUAAUCGAACUUGCUCGAAUUCUGCCGACCGUACACGAAGGAUUUGAAGAUUAAACAGGGAUGAAUGCUGCCACUGAUGACCACACGUGUGAAGAGCCAUGUGAAACCGUGGUGAAACCAUUGCCCAUGAGAUUUCUCGGUAUUUUUUCUUUUUGUUUACACAUCGUGUAUAACCAAUUUCUUUGUUUUGACUGAUCAGAGAUGCGAGUCGAUCAGAUUUUAGACUAUGAUGACGAAUGUUAUUGCAGUGUAGCUAUCAACGUGAACACUUAACUACAUUUAUAUUUACAAAUCUCGGUAACUCAGGUGACUUUUACUUUUAUUACAUGUAUAUUAGAGUGAUCAUGGAUAUCCCGAAUUAUCGAUCAUAGUUACGCUGGUAACGCAACAUUUAAAAUCGUCAAGAAUUGACAAUAGCAGAUUUCCGUUGCGGUGAGGCUAUUUCGGCCGUAUUUAACGUCAACAAAUACCCGGGGUGAUAUGAAGACUCGGAAGAAAUCGUCGGAACGUCAUAAAUUCAACAACGAUUCUCUCAAACGGUGGCUACUCAAGAUCGGCCGAAAACGACGUAAAGGUUUACUGCAAAAGGUACGAUAUUCGAAACUGAUUUCGAGUUUCUAAUUUGUCGUUUCUGUGUACAAUGGAAUUCAUCUUCAUAGCCCCCUGAAAAGCAUUUUGAAUCCCCUCUGACCGCCGACCGAGGCUAACCAAUCCGUGAGUUGAUCUGUUUUUUUACGAGUUGGGUUAUGCACUAAUCUUUAUGUGUUUGUAAUAAGCUAUAGCUAAGUGUGCAACGAGAGUUACCAAACGUUGAAGGAUCUGUUAAGUUAGUUUUGGUCCAAACUGUGCCCCGUUUUAAUCAGACGACCGGCUCAUAAUCGGCAAUAUUUCUUCAGGAUAUUGUAAUGAACUACUCUAGGAUUAUUUAUUGCAUUUUUUUUUUUUUUAGUCGGAAUAAUGUUGUUUCAAUAGUUCUCCUAAACCCAUAAUCCGCAGUAUCUCUCACCCUAAACGUGCAUAUGAUAUUAUUUCGUAUGAAAAGAUAUUACGACCGAUUCCUAACUGCGCCGAGAGUGGUCAAGUAUCAAGCAAAGCGCUGACUGUGGAAAUAUGAUGUUCUUUAUUAAAUACAAAUAUAUCUAUAUAUAUAGUGAUACACAAUUCGUUAUCGAGCGCAACAUAAUUCUUUGCUCGUCUUGUUGUAAUAUAGUAGCUAUAACCAUCAAAGGACUGUUCAAAGAUAUCUUGUUUAAGGCGCAGUUGGUUGGGCUGGAAAUCCCCGAAACGUCGGUGCGUGCGGGCCUCGUGCAGAUUUCUACCCAUUGUUCUAUUCGGUUGAAUAGAAUACCUGCGAAUAAGACACCUCCCAUUCGUCAUUCAAAAGUCAAAGAGUCCGGAACAGAGAGAAGUCAAAGCCAUCGUCGAUUAGCGUAUAACAGACCUAGCAGCUCCUUGAAAAAAUCUCAACAUCGACCAUACAGAGAUGCCACGGUAGUUAGUCCGAUUUUGAAAAACUCCGAUUUACAAAACAACUCAUCAAUUUCGACACAGUUGUCGGAAUUCCCUACUACCACCGACAGAUCACCACAUCUGAAGGACGAAACGUCCGUUGGAUCGAAGAUGGACAUCCAUCGCAAAGAUUCUACUUCUGGGCAACAUCGGCCGACUUUAGAAUUAGAACGCAUCUUUUACAAAGACGAAAAUACAUCCCAUCAUCCAGGAAAAGCUGAUGACCAAAUUCAUAUUCAUGGAUCCAAUAAACCCGGUGGGCAGCGGAGAAGUCGAUCAAAAGAGAAAUGGACAUCGAAGCAUCGCCGACUCGAUAGCGAAAAUCAAAGUGACAUCGCUUGGCGGUUGAUUCCCAUCGAUGAACAGUGUGUCCGAAAACCCCCUGAUACGAAUAUUUUGCGAUGGACAAGGCUGAUAAAACGAAAAGAGAAACUUUCGCAGAAAUAUCUCGAAAUUUUCGGAGAAGGCAAGUUGUCUAGGUCCGAUUCUUCUGAUAUGUCGAUAUCCUUGACGGAGUCAAGUGAUCGAAACCCAGAUAGCAGUGAUCUCGGCAGUGACAAGUCCUGCUAUAUUGCCGAAAUUCAAAUUCAUAAAAUUCACGAAAUCCCGGAAAAUCGCAAAUCUCCGAUUCUUGGUUCUAGAAGCAAGAGAGUAAAUUUACUAAAGAAUAUCAGAACUAUCCAAGGUAUAAAGGAUAAAGAAAAUUCAAAAACCGAGGUCACCGAGAAAGAAUCGUUAGUAGUCCAAAAUCGAAUGCUGAUUCAAAGUGCUGGGGAUGAAAUUUUUCCUACAACAGAUGAUCGAUGUAACACUAUUAGUCCAGUGUUGACAUUCAGUUCGUGUUUUCCACUAAAGUCUCCCAACCCAGUCGACAUCGAAGUUGCAAAAAUUCACUUAGUUGAGAUCUCCCAAAAGAAAUUGGGGCACGUUCAAGAUCAAGCCCUGCUUCAAAGUUCUCAGGACAAAAUUUUCCCUAUUACUGAUCAUCAAUCUAACACUCGUGAUCUAGAGUUAACGUCUCAGACUUACAACUCUGAUGCAGUUAAUCAGAACUCUGAUAAGGGCAUCAAUUGUGAGCCUUUAACUACUUUGGAAUUGAAUACAGAAACUUUUUCUGUAGAUCCUAAAAAGAUCAUGGAAUCUUUAAGCAAGAGUAAAAUAACAAAUAGCGAUAUGGGCAGGUGUAAUGACAGUGAUGUGUUAACCAGUUCAAUGGAAUCAAUCUCUGAAAAAGAUAUCGAACGUACCGAUGAACUCAGUCCUAAUUCGAAGACUUGCAAAGAUGCAGAAGCUACAAACUCUCUUUUGGCAAUGACAACAUGCCAAUUAUCAAAGUUGCUCACUGGAUGGGGAAUAUCCCAUGUGAGCAGCCGACUCUUGGAGGCAACGGAUGUUAUCUAUCUGACUUUACUUGGUCGUCGCAGACUUAUUGAACGUCAACAGGCAGCCAAUCAACUAGCGGUAAGAAAGAAUCGGAAGAAAGAGCUUCUGACAGCAGCGCACGAGUUUGAGUCACACGUUCUAAAAUUUCUAGAGGAGUUCAUGUAUCUUUAUCAAAAAUUGGGUACCCGAUCUCGCGUACUACAAUUCAUCAUGUUAGGUUUGGAGAACCGAACACCGGCAGGUUCUGAACCUUUUUCUAAAUCAGAACUGGAUUUCCUUAUAACUGCAGCAAACAUUGAUGAUUUUACAAAUUGUGAGGAGCAGGUUUCACUCACAGGGAUGAAAUCUUUGCCACGGAAUGAAGAACCUCGACAAAAAGUUAUCUGCGAAAUCGAUCUAACUAUCGAUGAGCCUGAUCAAGCGGGCACCAUAGAUUUGAUAUGUGACAGUAGUACAGACCCACAAGGGCAUUGCAAGGUGAAGAGUGGCUAUGAUCUCAACGCUAACAAAUUGCCCCUACAACUACCGAACAUUGCUGAAGUUAAAUCUAUAUCACACCAGCAGUUUGAAACCCUAAAUGAAAAAGAGAAGAUAAAGUUUCCAUGCUGCAUCUGUAGAAAGGAAAGCACUGUAUCAUGUGGACAGUGUGCUAAAACAAACUAUUGCAAUGAAGAUUGUCAGAGAAUGCAUUGGGAAGUAGUUCACCACACAACUUGUGUGCCGCGAUCAGGUGUUAUCCGCUUUACGGAAUAAAACCACGGAAAAGGAGCGAGCGCAUGCCAGAAAAUUAAUCUUAUUUCAUGUUUGUUAGAUGUACGCAACCUGUAAAAAUGUAUAUUCGUAUCAGUAUUAUUCGUUUAAAUAACAUAAGUAUAAGGUACAGGCGUACGGUCCGAUAGCCCGUCGUCAACAUGGAGUUCAUGUUUUAAGAAUAAUUUUGGUAUCAUGUGUGAGCAGUUAUACAUUUUGUACACAAAUAAUCAUCGCUCGUUCCGAAAAAAGAGUUUCCUCGCUUUCGACUAUUGCUGCGGCCGUGAAGAGUGGAUGGAUUCUGCAUGGACCGCGGAUAUUCGUUGUUUAUGUCAUUUCCGGUCUGACGUCAUAUCCGUAUAGCGUAUGAAUAUGAUCUUUCAACAUCGUCGAUAACAUCGCAAUAAUAUAAUCAGUCAGAAUUGUGGUUCUAUGUGAAUGUAUACGUAAUAAUCCAUCUCAAACCCACCACAGAGGCGGAUGGGCAAUUGUAACACCAAAAGGCAAAAAUUUACACCGAAGGACAGACAGGAGAGGCAGACUCCCUAUGCGAGCCACGUUAGUAAAUAAACAGUUUUCUAACCUAAGUGCCACAAUAUGAAAACGUAUCAUUUGAAGCUUUUAAAUCUUCAAGUAUCUAACUCUUCUUGCCACAGCUAGUAAAAUAACCUGCAUCGUAGUAACCUGCAACUUUAACUCUUUUCGAUUUAACCCCUAAAGUUGAAGCCUAAUUUCAUGUGGUGAAACCUAACUUAUUCCUAAUCUAUUGAUAAUCGCGAUUAAGUCAACUUGCCAUGAUAGUCCAGCCUUGACAACGCCGGUAGCAGUAGGAGCUUCAGGUAUCUUAUAUUCGGUGGAAGCGGAGUGGCAAAUUCAGCAGCAUCUGCUCGUAUUGAAACAUCGCAGCGAUCUCGUGCCUCUCGCCGAAC